AUGAAGGACUUGAGUGCUAAUCCACAACAUAGUACACAGAAGAGUAGUCAAUAUAAUACACCACCAAAGACAACAACAUCAGCAACAAACAAUCUAGAUCACGAUGAUGACUUUGAUACAUCUAUCAGUGGAUUCAACGAUGAUUAUAAUGAUGACAAUACAACAACUACAGUGUCAACAUCAUCAACAUCAACAUCAAUGAAGAGGAAGAAUGAAGAUGGAGAUAUCUUUCAACCAUUGAAGAAACAGACGACUUAUGUUGACUUGGAUGAUACUACAAACGAUGAUAAUAAUAAUGGUGGUGAUGCUAAUCAGAGCUUCUCAUUCGGACUUGAUGAUGCUGACGACCAAGUCGAUCCACCUCCAGUCGACAUUGAUGAUAUGUUGGCACAGAGACAGGCUCUCUUGGAUGAUGAUGAUGACUUUGUUGCAACAACAAAGAAGCCUACAUCGACCACGACUACAUACACUGCCACUUGGUCUUGGAAGAAUGAUAAUGGUGAUUAUGUCAUCUACAAACCUGAUGUGUGUAAGCGCAUUGAGGAUGCAUACGCUGCUCAGCCCAAGGGCAACUUCAAGGUGGACUCUGAGAGAUUGAUCGACUUUGGCAAGAUGAUCCAGAGAAGAAUUGACAAUCCAAACAAGAUACGUCAGGUCAAGAGAGAGUUGAGCAAGGCCACCACCAGUGGUGCCCCCGCCUCAAAGCCCUCAACAUCGACUUUUGGAUCAAAGCCAACAACCACAACCUCUAAUGUGUCUGCCAUCAAGAAGCCAACAAACUCUGUUCCAACAACGUUCACUCCUCCACAGAACAAGCCGAGCAACAAUGGAGGUGGUGGCUCGAACUCAUCAUCCACAUCAACAUCUUCAACAUCAUCGUCUGCUAGACCAACUGCGCCAGAUCCAAUGGCAUUCUGGAGUUGGAAAGGAGACCUGGGAUGGAACAUCUACGAGGAGGGACUGAGUGUGAAGAUUGAGGAAGCAUUCGUCAACAACAAGAAGAGAGUUCAGAUUGACGACGACAGAUACAUCGACUUGGAGUACAAUGCACAGAAACGUUAUGAUGAUAUCAAUAAGAUGAGACCAAUCAAGAGAGAGAUCAGAGGUCAGCAAUCAUCAUCCUCCUCGUCAUCAUCGUCAUCCUCGAAUCAACAGGCCACUACGACAACCAAACCAUCGACACCAAAGCAGCCCACUCAGUCGUCUUCGUCUUCUUCCUCCUCAAACAAGAGCAACGCUCCUCCUCCCGCCAAGACUGGCUCAACAAUCACAUCAUUCUUCUCCAAGACCAAUCAAUCAUCAUCAAGCGGCACCACGCCAAAGAAGGACAACAAUGUCAGCACAGACAAGAGCGACAAGAUUGGCAAAGGACGUGGCCAGUGGAAAUGGCUCUCGGACAAUGGUUGGGUUGAGUACAGUGGCGAGGUGAGCGAGGUCAUUGAGGGUGGCUUCUUUGCCAACGUGGCGGAUCUGGUCAUCACCGUUGCACCAGGUGAGAAAAGGUUAAUCGACUACAAAUCAAUGCUACAAAGAAGAUUGGACGAUCCAGAGUUGAAGAGGUCCAUCAAGAGAUAUGUCGACCUGAAUCCAAUGUCUUUGGCCAACAAGCCCAAGGACUCGCCAAAGAAGAAGCCCACAUAUCCGGUGUACAAUGACGAUGACUUUAUCGAUGCACCAUCAAGUCCAUACGACAGCAACACAGAUGACAUCGACCUUGAUGACCCAUACUUCCUACAAAGAAAGAGAGCACUUUACAAGUGUGGAGACGAAUAUGUCGAGCUGGACAACAUACAGAGUUGGUUCGAGUUGAUUGAGGAGAAGAGAGCAAAGUUCAAGAUUCAAAGUCAGACAAUAUUCCCUCCAAAUGGCAAGCUCAAUCAAAAGAUAUCACUUUAUGGAGGUGAUAUUACAACAUUGGAGAUAGAUGCCAUUGUGAACGCCGCAAGAACUUCAUUGCUCGGAGGUGGUGGAAUCGAUGGUGCUAUUCAUAGAGCAGCUGGACCAGGACUGCUCAGGGAGUGUGAAUCAUUGAAUGGAUGCAAGGUUGGCCAAUCAAAGAUAACAAAGGGAUACAGGCUACCAGCCAAAUAUAUCAUACAUACUGUUGGACCAAUGGAUGCCAACUCUGAUGCACUCAAGAGUUGUUACAAGACAACGAUGGGACUCAUGUUGGAGAAUCAGAUACGUACCGUGGCGUUGUGUUGUGUUGCCACAGGUGUCUAUGGAUUCCCAGCCGAGGAGGCAGCACAUAUCUCCAUCCGUUACGUCCGUGAGUGGCUACAACUCAAUCACAACAAGGUGGACAGGAUCAUCUUCUGUGUCUUCACCACUGAAGACUACAAGAUCUAUGGCAAGUUAUUGCAGACCUACUUCCCUGUGCAUCCAGAGGCAUAA